UAUUGUAAUUGUACUUCAUAUGUGACGUAAAAAAUAUGUCCGUGCGCAUAUUCCUUGACUGGGAGCUUUCUGUUUAAAAUUGAAUCGAUAAGAAGCCUCAAGACGUCAGUUGUGUAUCGUGCAAAGUACAGUACUUCGCUCCAAAAUUCGGCGAGGAAAAAUUAUCAACUAACUACCAGACGAAAAGGAAAAGCACAGCCAGUACCAGACUACCAGCACUUCGUUGUCUGUGCUACCAGUUUACUCAUUGUUCAAUGUUGUUGCUGAGAUAACUGUAGCCCAUAUUCGUGUGUCAAAUACGUGAUAAAUUAGACGACUAAAGUCGAUGUCGAAAAAUUCUGAGAAAACCUGGUCCCAAGGGUACCACAUUGUUCCCAGUACCUCAAAAUAUUUGGCAGGUGAUCCUGAUUUGAAGUUUGUUGUUUUUGAUACAUCACCCGACAGCAACAGUGAAGAAGAAAAAACGGAUCCCGAUUUGGAGGAAGAAACAAGAAAUCUUACAUGGGAAGUAAAAUCUCAAAAUCAGCAACCUGUUGAUAGCAAAGAAACCACACAUUUAAUUCCUCAAUUAACCACAGCAGAUAGUGACUCUGUUGAUUAUAGCUCCAAUACCUACAAUGACAUUCCAUUGAGUCCAUCUACAAGAAAGGAUAUAGUAGAAUUCUUGAAUUGUUGUAUAGAAGGACAAGUUAAUAUAGAAGAUGAAUGCUGAAGGUGACAGACGAGUCAUUGCUUUAAUCGACAUGGACUGUUUUUAUGUUCAAGUGGAGGAGAGGGAAAAUCCCAAUAAUAAAGGAAAACCUGCAUGUGUGGUACAAUAUAGAAAAUGGAAAGGUGGAGGUAUUAUUUCUGUAAACUAUGAAGCAAGAGCCUUAGGAGUAACCAGGCAAAUGAGAGGAGAUGAAGCAAGAGAGAAAUGUCCUGAUUGUAUUCUCUACCGAGUUCCUGAGAGGAGAGGGAAAGCUGAUCUUACUAAGUACAGGGAUGGAGGCAAAGAAGUCAUUGAUGUUAUGUGCAGCUUUGGUGUUUGUGUUGAACGAGCGAGUAUUGAUGAAGCAUAUAUAGACAUGACUAUGGUGAUAGAGCAAACACUUCCAGGUUGCACAGCCACCGCCAUUAAUGUUGAAGAGCUUCCAAACACGCAUUUCGUCGGUUGGGAAAACGAAACGGAUGACGUGAAAGGUGUUCAUGGCUGGUUAAAGGCAUUAUCAAAGGAAGAUUGUAAUGACAAUGAUUGGAAAUUAAUGCUCGGUGCAGUACUGGUUGAAAAAAUUCGUGCCGCAAUUUACGAAAAAACUGGUUUUCGGUGCUCUGCAGGAAUCGCAAACAAUAAGAUGUUGGCCAAACUAGCUUGUGGCAUCAACAAACCAAACAAGCAAACCGUCUUGCCAUUCACCUCCGUUCAAGAUUUUUUCACAACUUUCCCACUCAAAAAGGUUAGAAAUCUAGGUGGCAAAUUAGGUCUUACACUAAGGGAAGAGCUUCUGUGCACAACCAUGGCCGAUAUCACUCAUAUUCCCGAGAAAAUAUUGCAAGAACGUUUUGAUACUAAGACGGGGACAUGGCUGUAUUGGUACGCCCGAGGAGUCGAUCAUGAUCCUGUUAGCUCUCGCAGACUCCCCAAGUCCAUAGGUUGCAAUAAAAAUUUUACUGGCUUAGCCGCGCUAGAUUCCGAAGAGAAAAUCAGCCAUUGGCUAGAAGAGCUCUGUGCUGAAGUGUCUGAGCGACUUGAGAAAGACCGGGAAACUAAUUGCAGGUUGGCAAAGUUAUUAACCGUGACGGUUCGCUUAGAAGGUGACAUCCGACCGUACUCUUAUACCCGAUCCAUACCAUUACACUCUUCAUACGACAAAAUUCGUAUGGCUAAGUCGUGUCUAGCAGUUGUGAUGAAAGAAAACCCUUGCAAACAAGGCAAUGCCAAGAUUCCAUGGGUUGUUACUUGUCUCGGAGUAUCGGCUAGCAAAUUUGUUGAUCAGCUGGAAAGCAGCUCAAGGAUUGACCAUUUUUUCGCUGCAAAGCAAAGUACCAUACUGAACCCAGAGAAGGAGAAACGCGUCGAAGAGGAACCUUUACAUCGAAAGGAUGGGUUGUACGAUCUCCAUGCUGAUCAGGAAGACGAAGAAUUUGGGAUGGAAGAAAUUGACAAAAUUCCGACUGAAACAAACGCAGUAAAUAUUAUUGAACCGGAAUAUCAUAUGGCUCAAAUCAGCGCCCUAAGCAACGAGAUUUUUCAAGAAAAUAAAGAAAAAGCCAGUGGUGCAAGUUCACCUUGUCUCAAUCGGGAAAACAAUGAUAGUGUGAAAAAAACUGGAUUUUUUGCUUCUCGUAGUCUUAAGAAAUGUGUUCCAAUACAUCAUUCAUCUGAAGAGUCCAUCGCACAAUCAAGCCAAGUAAAUCCGUUUAAUCAAACAACAUUUUCGGUUGAAGAAAUUUUUCCAGAUUUAAAUCAAGUUGACAUGGAAACUCUAGCUCUACUUCCGCCUCAUCUGCGACGUCAAGUAUUACAAGCUAUCCAAUCCAAACAGGGUAACGAAGGAACUGCUAAAUUUGUUGUGUGUGAUAAAUGCAAGGAAGAGUUCCUCAAAGAAGAAAUUGAAGAACACAACGACUUCCAUGUGGCUGCAGAGUUACAAAGAGAAUUUUCCCUGCAGCCUUCCACGUCUAGUUCCUCGUUCAACAAUUUGGAAGGCGCAAAAGUAGUUAAAAAAUCAUCCAAGAGGCCCUUGAAGAACCAAAAGAAUGCUACGAAGGAUACAAAGCGUUCACGAACCAUAGAAUCGUUUUUUGGCAAUUCUUAAUGAUAAAGGUUUAUUUUUAUUUUAUGGAUGAUGAAGCUGUUUUGACUUCGAAUGUCUUUCAAAAUGAUAAAAAAAAAACCUGGCGAUGUAAUAAUAAAAUUGGUUUCAUUAUGUUA